CAGCAAUUGAUUAUAUAAUGAAAUUAUGAACUAUGUAUAUAAUGCAUAGUUACAUACAACGCACUCUAGUUUUCAACUUUUAAUAGUCAAUAAAGAAAGUGGGGCCUCAUGGCAACAAUGGUGAAAGAAGGGGUUGUUCGAUGCUACCCAUAGGUAGUGCCGCCAUGGGUUUGUAGCCACACAUUCACAAACAUGAAUUCAACCGGUGAAAGACCCAACCCCCAACCACCGUCGACCGAAGCUUUCCUUUAACAAUAUUUCCUCCACUUUCAUUUCAAUUUCCGAGAUAAUCCACACAUAUCCAAACUCUCACUGCACGACACAAACGUAAACAAAAUUGCAUCACCUAUGAAAUCGUCAACAGAGAAAAGCAACCAAAAAAAAAAUAAAAAAAAAAAAUGUUGAAAAAGUCAGAAACGAAGAAAUCAAAUUCGACUGUCCGUGACUGAUAAUAACCAGAAGGAUCCAGAGCGAAAGAAACCUCAGCCGUAGAUCACCACGAAAAAACCCUAACCAAACCAUGGGCCGACUCGGCUGCACGGCUGUCGGCACACUCGACGACUCCAAGUUCAACGAGCCGAUGCCCUGGAUCGGCGCCUACGUAGCCUCCGCCUCCGCCGCUUGUGCCCUCGCCAUGGCCGCCGACGCCGCCCACGCCCUCCGCUACCGCAAGCUCUGGUUCCCCUCCCGCUUCUUCUCCCUCAACGCCACCACCCUCACCCUCAUCGGCGUGGCCGUCAAGCUCUCCGUCGACCUCAACACCUCCAUGCCCCGCCCCCACGACCAGCUCUCCAAGCUCAGCUCCACCGCCUUCCUCUCCACCGCCAUCGCCAACUCCCUCCCCUCCCUCGGCUCCUCCUCUUCCUCCUCCGACCUCAUGAUGAACAUCCUCGCCCUCUCCAUCCUCGUCCUCACCGUCCUCGUCAACGUCGCCAUCCAGCUCGCCACUGGCGUCAUCUACGUCUUCUUGCCCGAGCACAUCCUCAUCAUUUCCCUCACCCUCAUCCUCCUCGGAAUCACCGUCUCGUCGGCCCUCGCCGUCCCAGCCACAAAAUGCUACUUCGAGCUCAAAUACGCCAAGAAAUACGAACUCGCGAAAACAGAGUGCAGCGGGUCGUCAGAUCUGAAGGAUGACCUCGCGAGAUACUGGAUGAUGGCCCACACGUGCAGCCCGCAGUUCGUGGUGGGCCGAUUGGCCACUUGUACAGCCUCGGGAGCUUACUGCUUGCUGAGUGCUCUGACUUUGGCAGAGGCCGUGCUCCGGAGCUACUUCAUGCCGUGGUGCUUCACGUUCUGCAAAGGCCGGUCGGAUUAUAAGUGGUCGGUUUUGCUGGUGCUUGUGACGCAGGCUGCUGCGGUGUUGGUGGGGACGAUUGGGCCGGCUUCCAGAUGGUUCUUCGCCAUCAAGUUCAGGUGCCCGAAGAGAAGGAAGAAUUCUUCCCAAGCGAUGUUUUCGGUGGAAAAUUACUGGGUUCAGACACUGAACCAACUGAAGGAGUGUCCGCUGGACUUGAGGAUCUGCAGUCGGCACAGUAAGAAGAUUGUGCACCAUGUGAAAAACAAAGCCUUGGACCUAUGCAUUUUGGUUCAGAAGGUGAUUGUGAUCUCGAGCAAGUUUCUCGGGCUGCUGUCGAUAAUUGUCAUGAGCAGGUUAAUCGCGGCACUGAGUUGCUGCAAGAGACUCGUCUCGUUUUUUAGAUGCAAUGCAAAGUGUGCCGACACGGAGUCGUCGGACCCGAAUAAGUCGAACAGCAAACUCGACCUCAGCCGAUACGUAAUGCAUCUCGAGGGAGAGGAAAAUCUGGUUCAAGUGAUGAUGGAAAGCGACAGGGACACCACCGGCCACUUCUUGAAAAUGGGGAGAAAAAAGCAGCCGAAACACCUUCUACAUAUCAUCGAGAAACUCGAACCCUCCAAAGGGUUCAGAGGGGUUUAUGCAUUUGACAGCAAAUUAGUCCCGCCUUUGGAUCCUACGGCAGAGCCCCCCAAGAGCUGGGCUUUACCGGUGGUCACCUUAACGAGCAUUGCAGUUGCAACGAGUACUGAUUCGGACUUCAAUUCCGUGAGGGAGCUCAUAAAAUGCGUGAACGAAGGUCUCAAGUACAUCCGAGUCGUGGAGAACAGUCUCGAUUUCAAACGAACUUCGGCGAAUAUUAGGAAAGCAGCGGAGAUCGUGUGGGUGGGAGUCGAGCUUCACUAUAGAUGGCUCGACGUGGACCUCCGUGAGACGAGGCUUCGAGGAAAGAGCCCGAAAAAUGUAAUCUCGGAGCUUUCCGAGACUGCCAAGCAGAAGUUCGUAGAGUUGAGUAAGAAGGACCCAAUUGGAUGUUUGAGGUACGAUCCUGCGAGAUGGCCUGUUAAGGCUUUGGCGGCAAACGCGAUGUAUAGAGUGUGUGAGACCCUUUUGCUGGACAAGUCGGACGAGUGUGGGAAGUCGAUGUUCGAGAGGCUGAGUGCCAUGAUUGGGGACAUAAUCGGGGCUUGCCUCACGAAUUUGGAGCAGGCAAUAUCUGUGAAGUGCCAUCAGAGCAGUAUUGAGCAGAGGGAGGAAAGCGUGCGGCAUGCGAUUCUUCUGCUCGGGAAAACGGAAAGGAUCUUGGAAAUUAUUGGCCGGCAACGAGUUCCGAGUUCGGAUCCGGAGAAAUUGGCGUGCAUUAAUAAAUGGCGGGAGAUGGGGAACGAUCGGCUGUCUUGCGGUUCGACUCCUACCAGUAGCGAUUUCAGUGCUGUAUCUGAUUUAUAUCUGAAUGUUGACUGAGAAUGUAAAGAUGUUCUGUGUUUUUUUUUUUUUUUUUUUU